GUUCCCUCCUCAGUGGGUGUCAGCCUGGGCCUCGCAGGGCCCCGCCCUCCUCCAUCCCCAGCUCGCUCUCUCCUCUCCCCCCCACCCUUUCCUCUGGCUCCAAGUUGUCAAUCAGGGGCCGGGGCUGAGGCAGGCGGCGGCAGCGGGCGGAGAGACGGGCAGCUACGCCACAGCCCAGCGGCAGCCAUUCGUGGAAAAAUAGGCCGACCUGCUCCUCCCAGCUCCGGCAGCGACCGGCCUUCUCCCCGCCGCUGCCCCCAGCACCCCGCCCUCCGUCCCUCCCCUCCUCCUCGAGCCGCGCCUCAGCGGGCGUUAAUGCGGGAUGAGCGAUCAAAAGAAGGAGGAAGCUAUGGCCUCAGAGGGAGAAAAAUCUCCUGAGGCUGAAAACAACAAUAAGAAAAGCAAAACUGGAGCCUCUCAGGAUUCCCAACCUUCACCUCUGGCUCUGCUGGCAGCAACUUGCAGCAAAAUAGGGACUCCUGGUGAAAAUCAAGCAACUGGACAACAGAUUAUCAUAGAUCCGAGUCAAGGUUUGGUGCAGCUUCAAAAUCAACCACAACAAUUAGAAUUAGUAACAACUCAGCUUGCUGGAAAUGCUUGGCAGCUUGUUGCUGCUGCUCCUGCUUCAAAAGAGAACAACAUCCAACAAGCAUCUUCUGUUGCUUCAAGUGCAGCAAGUCCCUCUAGCAGCAACAACGGAAAUGCAUCCCCUUCAAAAACAAAACCAAGCAAUUCUUCUGGAGUAACUCCAGGACAGUUUCAAGUCAUACAAGUACAGAAUCCAGGUGGUAGUGUUCAGUACCAAGUGAUUCCACAGAUUCAGACAACGGAAGGUCAACAAAUUCAAAUAAAUCCUGCUAAUGCCACAGCUCUGCAAGAUUUACAGGGUCAAAUUCAGCUCAUCCCUGCAGGGAAUAAUCAAGCUAUUAUUACAACUACAAAUAGGACAGCCUCUGGGAAUAUUAUUGCUCAGAACUUGGCAAAUCAAACAGUGCCAGUCCAGAUUAGGCCCGGUGUUUCUAUUCCACUGCAGCUACCUAUUGCUGGUACUCAGGCACAAGUUGUAACAUCACUGCCUAUAAACAUUGGGGGAGUGACUCUAGCAUUACCAGUAAUAAAUGUUGCUGCUGGUAGUAGUUCUGGACAGGUCACUCAGUCCACUGAUAGUGGAGUUUCCAAUGGAAAUCAGCUGCUAUCAGCACCUGUCACAACGGCUUCUGUUAGUACUUUGCCAGAUUCUCCUUCCUCUACCACUUGCACAACUACUGCCUCCACAUCGCUAACAAGCAGUGAAACUUUAGUAAGCACUGCAGAAACUGGCCAGUAUGCAAGCACAGCAAACAGUUCUGAGCCUAGUAAUGAAGAAACUCAAACAACCACGUCAGAAACAGAAGCUCAGAACUCUAAUCAGCUUCAAUCUAAUGGAUUGCAAAAUGUGCAAGAUCAGUCAAAUUCGCUGCAGCAGGUACAAAUAGUAGGUCAACCUAUUUUACAACAGAUACAGAUCCAACAGCCACAGCAGCAGAUCAUUCAGGCUAUUUCUCCACAGUCUUUUCAGCUUCAAUCAGGACAAACUAUUCAGACCAUUCAGCAGCAGUCUUUGCAAAAUGUUCAGCUACAAGCAAUGAGUCCUACUCAAGUGCUCAUAAGAGCACCAACUUUAACUCCAUCAGGGCAGAUCAGUUGGCAGACAGUGCAGGUCCAAAAUCUUCAAAGCCUUUCAAAUCUCCAGGUUCAAAAUGCUGGGUUACCCCAACAACUAACAAUUACCCCUGUAUCUUCAAGUGGUGGCACCAUAGCUCAGAUUGCACCAGUAGCUGUUGCUGGCACACCAAUAACGCUAAAUGCUGCUCAGAUUGCUUCAGUGCCUAAUCUUCAGACAGUAAGUGUAGCCAACUUGAGUGCUGCAGGUGUUCAAGUGCAAGGAGUUCCAGUCACCAUUACAAGUGUUGCAGGUCAACAACAAGGACAGGAUGGAGGAGUGAAAGUGCAGCAAGCCACAAUAGCUCCGGUAACUGUAGCAGUAGGAGGCAUUGCUAAUGCGGCGAUUGGUGCUGUUAGUCCUGAUCAGAUAACUCAGGUGCAGUUGCAACAAGCCCAGCAAGCUUCUGAUCAAGAAGUGCAGCCCGGCAAAAGGUUAAGAAGAGUUGCUUGCUCAUGCCCUAAUUGCAGAGAAGGAGAAGGAAGAAGCAGUAAUGAACCAGGAAAAAAGAAACAGCAUAUUUGCCAUAUUGAAGGCUGUGGAAAAGUAUACGGGAAAACAUCUCAUCUCCGAGCUCACCUUCGCUGGCAUACUGGAGAACGGCCAUUUGUAUGCAAUUGGAUCUUCUGUGGAAAAAGAUUUACAAGGAGUGAUGAAUUGCAAAGACACAGGCGAACCCAUACAGGUGAGAAAAGAUUUGAAUGCCCAGAGUGUUCUAAAAGAUUUAUGCGAAGUGACCAUCUCUCCAAGCAUGUCAAAACCCAUCAGAACAAGAAGGGUGGGGGAACAGCCCUUGCAAUAGUUACCUCAGGUGAAUUGGACUCUUCAGUUACUGAGGUUCUUGGAUCUCCAAGGAUUGUCACGGUUGCAGCCAUUUCUCAAGAUUCAAACCCAGCAACCCCUAAUGUUUCGACAAACAUGGAGGAAUUCUGAAGAAAGAUUAUACAAAUGCCUAGAGCUGCACUUAAGUUUACAUACCUUUCAAGAUACGGAAGUGGGCUGGUAAAAGUGUAUUACAGAGCAGGAAAUCAUGUAUUCAGUCUUGAUUUCUGUAAGUAUUCCAAGUUGGAGGAUUAGCACAGGAAGUGUACAUUGUACAACAAGACAACAUUUUCAAAAAUGAAAACUGAGCCAGUUGACAAAGAUAUAAAUUAUGGAUAAAGCAGAUGAGGAAAAUAUUGCUUCCACACUGUACUAAUUUAUGUAGUUCUAUAUCAUGCAAUGGAAUUUUAAUUGGAUUUUUUCUUCUCUUUUAACAUUAUGUAAAAGUUUGUUGUAGCAACAAACGAUACGAAUAUGCAACAGGAUGGCUGUUGGUUAGGUUUUUUUUUCUCAUGGAAGUCUCUAUUUUCAUGGGAAUUCUCUUUGUCCAAAAGGCACAAUAAAAUGCAUAAUAGUCUAGUGAAGAUGUGAAAAACUUUUCUUUCUUUUCAGGUUGUGAAACAUACUGAAUUUGGCCAUCUUUGCUCAUUUUUAAAACUAGUUCAGAUGGCAGCAUGUUAAGUGGGUCUGAGGUGCAUCUCAGAUAAUUUUGGCCACUACAUUAUAGUAGUGUGUAUAAUGACAAUCAGUAAACACAGAUCAUUCUCUUUCUAGGAGAAGUAAGAGAUCUAUAGAGCGAGUGUAUACUGUAGCAAAUAUUGAAUCUUAGAAAUAUAUUGACAUAAGAUUUUAAUUAACUUCUAUGUAAAAUGAAAUAUUGCAACAAAUAUGAAAAGUCCUAUACUUUACUCAUCCCAUUUCAAGACAUAGGUUAUCUGUUGCUAAACCUUGGUUAAUUUCAUUUGCAAAGCUUAUAAUUUAAAUAUUUCAAUUUUAUUAGAAUACUUGGAAAUGGUAGGAAGUAGAAUGUUGCAGAACUUACCUACCACUGUCAACCUUGUCAAUAUCAAAUAUUGUGGUCAAUGUACUGAAUUCUUUAGACUUUGACAUAACAGCCAAAGAAAAGGAUGAAUAACUUCAACCAAAAGUGUAACUGUAAAUUAAUAUAUUACCUACCCUUCCUUUUGAAAAAUAAUGGCCGGAAUCCAAAGAGCUACUUUUGGCUUUCCGUAGGGUUUCAGCACACUCAGUAGGAUUUUUUUCCUCUUGUUUCUCUUUGAACAGCCCAUGUGCCAUAUAACAAAUUCCUUUUGAAAGUCCCCUUAGUGUCAAAAAUGGUAUGCUAUGUACUAUAGGGGGCUGCUAUUUGAGAAACUCAAGCCAAGUCCCUUUGGAUGUGUGGACCUAGCUGCAAGGGAUUUUGGAUCCUGGUAAAAUCUAACAUUUCCUCCCCUCUGUAUUUAAAUAGGCCAGAAACGUAUAAUUUUAAAGAAUGUUUAUUCAAUCAGUAAUUUUGAUUUUGCAGAAACAAGGCCUAUUAGAAAAAUAUAGUGUGUGUUUUUACCUUGACAUAAGAACAUAAGUGAUUAUGUUCUCAAUACAUGUUUCAUUAAUACAGCACAUUUUUAAAAAGUAAAAGAACACCAGUUUAUUUUAUGUCAGAUCUAGCUGUUGUUAGUGGCAACUAAGUUAUCCUUCAGAACUUCUGGCACUCAAUAGGAUUGUAUGGAUAGGGAUGCACAUGCAUAUCAGCUAGUCCUGUGAAAGGCUUUUUCUGAAUCCAGUUCUCACUAGAUAGAGGCAUCAGUGUAAAUUUAGUACACAGUAGAAAUAUGGCCAAAUAUACUUUGUAUUUUUAAACAUUUCCCAUUGGCAUAAAUAUUUUACAAAUCUUACAAGUUGAAAGGUAUUUCAUGACUGCCUGUUUUUUACAUUUUUUACACCAAAAUAUUUUGGUGAUUUAACUUAAAAGUUCAGUGCAGGAAGUUAACUCUUUUCCUUUUAAAAAGUUAUAAUUUCUUUCGGGAGCUGUUUGAGAUGAAACAAAUACUUUUAUAUCCUUAUACAUUUUGUGACAUUGCAUUGAUUUUUAAAGACAAGGAGCUACAGAUAGUUGUUUGUACUGUGUACACUUUAGGGAUGCCCUGUGUAGUGAAAUGUGUAGCUGAAAGGCUUUCAUACUUUCAGCUUACAUACAUAGCAAAGAAAACAAUUUUACACUGUAGUUAAUGAAUUUAAAGUUUCUUAAACCUUUUGUAGACAUUUAACAUUCUAAAUUUUAUUUGGGUUUUUGUAUAUUUUAGUUAAAACAUUUUCAACUGAUAUAUCUGGCUUUAACUCAUCAGAAUCAAUUAGAUGAUAUGUUUAAUACCGAUGGCCAUUAGGUAAUACUAAUUAUUUUCUGUUGCAAAUGAACUGCAACAUCAAAUAUAUAUUUUAUCAUUAUGCUUCACAAUCAGUGCUCUAAAAACGUAGUUAAGCAAAUAAAAUCUCCUAAUAGGAUCAUGUUAACUUAGAAGUAAAGAUUUUUUGUAAACUGAAGGUAAGAGUACUCUGCACAGCUGUUAAAUAUUCUUUUUUGCACACAUGUGUGCAGAUGUGAAAUGGAAAUUAUUUUAAAUCUGCAGCAAAAUCCCUAUUACAAGUGUAUCAAAAUCUGGUUGGUAUCACAAUCUAAUGUAGAUUAAACUGUGUAAGCAGGUGCACUUACUCCUGGAAUUAAAAACAUUUUGAUAGUCUGUUCUGCAUACUAUUCUGAGUCCACUUUUCAGUCUUAGAAGGAUCGUAAAUUUCAGUGUCCUUUAUUUGACUCAGUGGGAUAUAACUGUUGUAUGUAAUGGGGCACAGAUGUGCAGUAGUAGCUUGUUCAAUGGCAUUUCACUGUUCAUUCCCUUUGCUGCCAUUAUAAAUUUUUUGCUUUACUGUACUUAUCAGUGCAAAGUGUAUUUAUCAUGGUAGAACUCCAGUGUUGAAAUAGGGUUUUUUCUUUCUUUCAAUAUACUUUCUUGGAAUAAGGUUGUGUAUGUGUUUCCUGAUUACAUUAGAAAUCGGUGUUAUGUCAUUAUUUAUCACACUGUUUCAUGAGAGAAGUAAUAAAAGUGUGUAAUUUAGGAGAAAAGGUUUUUGUUAAACUUAGGUAAGCAUGAUGUUUGUUGGGUCCUAUUUUUCAAUUUUAUAACUGUUUUAUUGCAACAAUAUUUGUAUUUAAGUCUCCAUUUCUAAUGCCUUGUGAUUUUUUUAUGCAUGUCACUAAAUUGUCAUCCCACAAAAAUUGGUGUCCCGCAUAGGGUGUUAAAUCUACAUAAUGAUUUUGAAACAGAGAAAUAGUUGGUGGUAAAAUUGUAAAUGUUUUGCAGAAAACCUUAUAAAAAGUUUUGUAGUAAUAUUUCACUUGUAAAUUUUUUGUAAUAAAAAGAAAAAAGGAUAAAAAGCAACACCCAUUCUAGAACCUACAAGUUCUGCCAGCAAAGCCUCUAAGGCAUUAAUUUUUACUAUGCUAAUUUGUAUAAAUUUUGUGUGGUUUUUGUGGAUUUGGAACUAAAACUGUGUAGACGUUGUUGCCUGCAAUGACAUUUUGCAAGUAACCUAUUAAAAUUCUCUUGAGUUUAAAUGUA